AUCAGUUAUUGUCUUAAAUUUUAUUUCAGAAAUAAAUAGCAGAACACGAAUUUAGUUAAUUAUGGAUAAAAAAACUAAAGAGCUACUUCGUAAGAGGAAGAAAGUUCGACCUGCUUCUAGCUCGGAAAGUUCAAGUAGUUCGGAUUCGGAUUCUGGAUCAAGUAGUGAUUCCUAUUCAUCUUCGUCAUCGGCUGACAAAAAGGGGCGCCAUCAUAGAAGUAAAAAAGGACGACCGCGACGUUCAAGUAGUUCAUCUGAUGAUGAAAAAGCAAGAAAAAGAGAAAAACAUGCCUGUCAUAGAAAAGCAGAAGCAAAAAGAAGUCACUUAAAGCGUAAGCAGAAAGAGGCAAAAGCAAAAAAAGGAGCUCUGUCGCUUUUGGUUAAGUUAGAAAAAAAUCAUCACGACCAAUUGUUGAAGGAACGUCAUCAAAUGAGAGAAAGAGAGAAACUUCGUUUAGGUCACGCUAGCUCAAAAGAGCUACUGAAAGCGAGGUUGUCCCCUUCGAAAGCUAAACUUGAACGUCAUCAUCAUCACCAGCUAUCACCACGAGAAAAGAUUAUAAUACGACGUGAACGAAGUCCUCCAAUGCAACAAAUUCUAUCUCCUCAAAGAGGUCCUAAAGAUAUUCGACACCGUUUAGAAGAUAGACGCUCGGAAAGAGAAAGGAUUGAAGCAGCUCGGCAAAAAGAACGUGAAGAAGCUUUAGCGCGUUGCCAAGAACGACAGAGGGAACGUGAAAGAAUCGCUAAAGAAAAAUUACGUAGAGAACGUCAAGAAAAAGAGUACGAUCCUCGUGAGCAAAGAUUAUUACCUAGACCAUCAGAAAGAGAAAUGGCGAUUGCGGCUGCGAGGGGUCAAGAUAGUAGGGAACGUUCUGUAGAAACCCAUCCAGAUAUGCGUCGUUCAGGACAUUCUCAUUCUUCUCAUAGACUUCCUCACGCGUAUGAACGUAGUGAAAGUGAUUACGAUAGGGAUUACGAAAUGAGGCAUCCUGAGCAUGAUAGGCAUGCAGGAGAUAUUGAUCGUGAAUAUAUGAUGAUGAGAAGAAGAGGAAGUCCUUCUCCAGGAGGACAUUAUAAAGAGUCACGAGUAAGAGGAUCAGAACGGGAAUUAUAUCCCGAAGAUGAAAGAUACGAAAGGGGCGCUUAUCAAUCCCGUUCAUCUCGAGGUGAUGCUUAUGUUGAUGAUAUUGCUCACAGGAGAGAGAGAGAAAGUGACGAUUGGGAACACGAACGUGGCGAAGGUGUGAGCAGUCAUGAUUUACGUGAACAUCAUCCUCGUUCUGAAAAACAUCUAUAUGAGAAACACAGAAGUGCACAGUCUCCUCAAUGGGAAGAAAGUAAUUGGAAAUAUCAACAACAACAACAUUUGAGACUCGGAUCUCACAAAAAAAUUCCACCUCAGAUGCAAGAGGAAAAUUGGGAUGAAGAAGUCGAUUACAGACCUCCAUCCAAAAAGCCAUCACAGGCUGAUUGGGUCGAAGGACCGGUGCAUCAUCAUACGUCCACACAACCGGGAAGAAUGAAAAUGGAACAUGGACCUCCAAUGAAAAUGGUCGAACCGAAAAUUCCGCAUGAGGGUCAGCCACAUGGCCAUCCUGGAGUGCAUAUUGUACAACAUCCAUCAACUCAUUCCGCUGCUCAUCCCGUACCACAUGCUGGACCGCCAAUGCCUCAUCCUCCACAUGGAAAACGUUGGCCACAACAGGAGUGGAGACCAAGAGCACCUCCACCACAUGGUGCUGACUUAAGACCUAUGCAUCCAGGUGGUCCACCUGGCCCUAGAGUACCCGGCUAUAGGGCCCCUAUGCACCGGCAUCCUGUUGGUCCUAUUAAUUAUGGUGGCCAAGAGCGUCCACAUUAUCCUCCUCGUCAUGCGCCACCACAUAUGCAAGGGCAACAUCACCUUGGAACUCCUUAUCAUCCGCGACAACAUUUUCCUCCUAAACGGCAAAUGGUCUACACCAAUCCAAAUUUAAUAGCAAAUCAAAAAGCUGCUGCAGCAGCCGCUGCCUCUUCUCCCAAUUUAAAUAAACCAAAUAGUGCUUUAGUUCCAAUUAAACUAGCAACGGCAUCUCCGACAUUUGUAAAUCCUGCAAAUAAAAUUGCACUGAUUAAAAAAAUCGAGGAACAAAAAGAACAAGAAAAAUUAGCCGCAUUGAAUGAUGCUUUAACAGACACGGGUGAUGCUGGAGCUGAUGAAAUGGAACCUGGAGAAAUAAAAAGUACUAAUGAAAAUGAAAGUGUUGAACCAUCUGAGGAGAACUCUGGUGAUGGUGUUGGAGGAGAAGGUGAGGGAAGGGAUGACUUAAGCGAAAUUAGCGAUGAAGCAGAUGACAUUUUAAAAGAGGAAAAAAACAAACAGGCUGCGGCACUUGCUGGAGAUAAACAAAUUGAUGGUGCUAAAGAUGAUACUAACAUAGAAGCUGAUACCCCUGGUGACCAAACAGAAAAUGAUGAUUUAUUGGAUUUUGAAGAAAUAUCGGAUGGUGAGUUAGAGGAGGAAACUAGAAAAAAUUUAGGCGAUGCUCUUGGUGUUGAUUGGGCAUCACUUAUAAAAGAGUCAAAAAUUGUAAAAGGCAAUCAAAAAGAUAAAAAUACUACUGCUAAACAAAAAUGGCAACCCCAUAGGGUAAUUUUAGAUGUUGGUAUUUCAAUGAAAUACGCUGGUAAAGAAUUUGCUGAAGAACUUCUUAAAGAUGCUCAGUUAAAAUUAGAUGCUGAAAACGCUACAAAAAAAGUUGAAAAUGUUGAUAAGGAUGAAGCCAAUAUUAAGUUGGAAGAAGAAACGACAACUAUCAAAAUAGAAAAACUUGAUCCAGAUGAAAAUGAAGAAAAAGUUAAAAUACAAGUUGAUGCUGUAGUAAAAAACGAAUAUCAAAGCGACAGUGAAAAUGAAAAAGUAACUUCAGAAAAUUUUAGCCCUGCUGGUAAUGAUGACACAAAUAAAAUUCCAAUUGAAAAUUUGAGCGAAUUGGCUUGUGUUCAAGUCGCCCAGAGAAAAAACAAAGAAAUUCAAAAUAAUUUAGUAUUUAAUGCCUGUGGAAUCAAUAGUAGGGCAUUAAGUGCUCGCAAAGAUUUAAGAUUACGUCGACAACUUUGCGGACUACCUGUUAAAGAAUUGGAAUGUGGACGAGUUGUUAGUGAACAAAUGAAAUCUUUGGCGUUAAAAGCAUUUCAAAAAGCAGUAGGAGAGGUGAAGUAAUAGUAAAAAAAAAGUUUUUCUUUUUUAUUUUGUUCUCAAUUUUACAAAACAUAAAUCUGAUCGGUGUAUUUUAGUUCAAAAAUUUAGAUUUUUUUUCUCUAAGUAGUUCCAUAUUUUUGAAUUUUAUGAAAUAUACAACAAUAUGCAUAAUAUUAUGGAAAAAUACAUAUAAAUAAAAUGCUUGAGAAUUAAGUUGAA